GAACGUUGCCCACACACCCUUCAUACACUUCAGCACCGGUUACUCGAUACUCGAGUCGCAUCUCCCUACGGAGGCGUGCCCACCCGCUCAAAUGCAACGCUGCAGACGCGUUCCUGACUCAUUCCGCGUGUCAGACCAUGUUGUGAGGUAAGCAGAGCAGCGCUGCCCACGCCGCAGAGGAACAUGUGUUUGUCUCGUACCACAUCCACUCCCUACAUCGUGGACGAGCGCAUUUGUCUCAGUGCAUUGUAGUGAAGCCUAUCUAUAAAACGGAGUCUACCACUAUACACAAUUUCAAUCCCCAGUUUUGGUGGGAAAAGUUCAAAGUUACGAGGUUCGGAAAUCAACUCGCCAUCUAGCGGGAUUUGUGGAAGAUUUACCUGUGUCGGAUUUAAUCCGAGGAGUGCAUGAAAGAUCCCAAGGUUAAACUCUCCUGCUCCACACUGGGAGGCCGGCUGGAUAAACAGGAUAAGGACCCCUGUCAUUCCAAAAACAUCUACCCUUUACUAUCUUCUCCCACGAUGGCUCUAGCCUCCUUCCAACUAAUGCAAACUCUAAAGAACUCUCCAGCGGCCCUGCGCCGGCGAUUCUGCCGCGACCGCACGGAGAGCCUGUCUCAUGGUGAUCCCCUCUUCAAGGUGCACUACCUUGGCACCAUAAAAAUAUUCUCCCUAGACUUGGAGCAGGCCGAGGAUGCCAUCGAUCGACUGCUAGAUGGGGCUCCUGGGAAGCUAUCCAAAGAUCACGCCUUGGUAGUGCGACCAAGAUAUGUCGAGGUUAAAGAACUGAGCACAGGAAGGCAACUCACAAAGACCUACUUGCAGGACAUUGCGUACUGCGCCUCGCACACGGCCAGACCAAAUGUGUUUCUGUACAUCUGCAGACAGCCUGGUCAGCAGCUGCAAUGCAGAGUGUUCUGGUGCAGUCGGGCAGAAAGGGCGAAGGACAUGACUGCCUGCCUGGCCAUGUCAUUUCAGCGAGCGCUUAACGAUUGGCAUGGUGGAUGCGCCACAUUGCCGCAGACAGACGGGAACACUAAAGAGCCUGAGAUGACGACCAGUGCACAAAAAGGAUCAACAUUGCCAGCUAGUUUUGGAAAAGUUCGUUGGAAAAAAAGAGGGUCGGUAUCCCGCAGUCCUCUUCGUUCCAUGACCAGACGAGGUUCUGCCAGUGACAGCUGGCAUUGAGAGACCCAUGACCACAACACCAUGAAUGUGUGAUGACUGGAGUUUUUCAGCAGAGAGUGUGAGAACAGAGACUGGUAAAGCUGGUGAAACUUUUGGUAGAAUUUUCACCUCCUUAAUGCAAGGUAGUGCAGCAUUGGUGUUUGAAUGGCAUGUGAGGUUAUGGUUUACCAGAAUUAUGCUUUUCAGUUUAGGAUGUUGAUGGGAUCAGUCAUGUUGAUUUCACUUUGUCAGCUCAAUUAUGUACUCAUACUGAUAAUGGACAAAAGCUUGCAUCUAGGUUGGACCUGUGUCUAUUAAUAAUGCAAGUUUUUAAAGGUAUAUACAGUAUGUAUCACAGAGUUAUGUGUUUUCAGUCAACAAUUCUCCUCUGAUUACACGUCACAUGUCUGAGUACACAUGGCUGCUUAGUGUUUAAAUGUGACUGAUGAACAGAGAAACAGUGAAGUGUUUGUUUGUAUUGGGAUCUGUGUGCAAAGUGGGUGGAUGCAUGACAGUAAACUGUAGCAGGACCAGGACGUCUUGUUUGAUAAAGGUUUCCAACAAACAAUAUAUUUCUCACAUUGCCAAAUCUCUACACAUUGUUAAUGAUGUUAGUUUCAAACAUUUAGAUAAUAUUGAAUUCGUAUUACACCAUCAAUGCAGAUCAGUUACCAUCAUUAACUGUUCAAUUAAUUUGCUGCACAUUUGUUGGACAUGAAGACCAGUUUUAAAUUGCAUGUAGGGAAAGCAAAGGUACUAAGAGUCUUGUAAUAAACCCAAUGAUCUGCUUUGCCUGACUCUACCUCUGCCUUGACAAUUUUAUUUAUAGUUUUGGAUUCAUGUAAACACAGAAGAGAAUGAUAUGAAGAUAUACGUUUUUAAUAUGAGAACACAGUGUGCCCUAAGUAGUUCACUCCAUUCACCUGCAGAUAGCAGUCAUUUUUGAGGCUUGAAUAACUCAUGCACUUCCCACCGUCUUUCAACAAAGAAACUGUCAAGUAUGUUUUUGUCUCCAGGUUCAAUGCACAAUGACAUCACAAUGCUGACUAAUUCAAAGGCAUGCUUGCAGUAGAGCAUAAUGUAUCUAAAGGCAUUUUUUUAAGGACGUCAAGUUUUUAGAGCAACAGAGCAAUUUUAUUUUGCCUGCUUUAUGCAACCAAGUAUUUUAAAAAGGGCACCCUGCACCAUAAGCAGGCAUUUCUUCUACUCAUUGGUUACUUGCUGUUAUAUCACUUGAGUUGUCAUAUAUAGCAGUAUACAUCAUGGUGUUAAGAUUCUGGCUGGUCAAGCUAAAGGGUUUUUUAAUCUUGUGGAUUUUAUUUAAGUCAUAUUAAAUUGCUUUUCACACUACAAAGACAUCAGACAUUCACCCUUAUGAGGUGUUUAAUACUCAGUUAAUGUUCUUGUACUUUAUUCUAAACACUUAUGUCUGUAUAUAUUUAAAUAUUAAA